AUGGCUACCCCUAGUGUUCUCGCUUUUGACGCUGAGGGUCGGGCCAUUGACUUUGAGAUAUGGGUAGAUGACCUACAGCUGUUCUUACAGUGCGAUAGGGCGGACGGCCUCUCUCUCUUUGACCUCACCUCUGGCGCUUCCCCUGCCCCUGCUGCUGAUGCUGACGACACUGUUCGCUCCCAGUGGGCCACGCGCGAUGCUGCUGCACGUCUUGCUGUGCGUCGCCACCUCCCUACCUCCAAGCGUGCGCACUUUAGUCAGUACAAGAGUGCUCAGACCUUGUACGACGCUGUAGUCGCGCGCUACUCCUCCCCUUCCACUGCUGCAGUGAGCCGUCUCAUGCUGCCGUACCUCUUCCCUGACCUUGCUGCCUUUCCCACCGUUGCUGACCUCAUUACGCACCUCCGCACUAGUGACACUCGCUACCGCGCUGCACUUCCUGCCGACUUCUGCACCGCGAACCCCCCCCCCCAUGUACAUCACUCUGCACUCUUAGCAGCGGAGAAGAGUAGAGUCACUGUAGGAGCCUCUCGAGGUGACCCGCGCACCCCCAUCUUUGAGGGGUGUUCCCCCUCCCCCCUGCUGCCCUCUAUUGCCUCUGCUGCUACGGCCGACCUUCUUGGUCUUGAGUCGGUGGGUGCGGCGUCUGCCCCUAGCGGGAGACGCCGCCCUGGCAAGGGCAAGGGGGGCAAGGGAGCUGGAGGAGCGGGCGGUGGAGGUGGAGGUGGAGGCGGUGGGGGUAGUGGGGGUGGCGGUGGGAGUGGAGGUGGGGGUGGGGGGGUCGGUGGCGGCGGUGGAGGCGGAGGCGGCGGCGGCAAUGGCGGUGGGAGCGGAGGUGGCGGAGGAGGCGGCGGUGGAGGCGGCGGUGGAGGCGGCGGUGGAGGCGGCGGCAGUAGCGGAGGCGGCGGAGGCGGUGGGGGUGGCGGUGGAGCUGGUCGCAGGCCUUCGCAGAGGAGUGGCUCCAGUAGUGGUGCGCGCCAGCAGCAGCAGCGUGGUCAUGAGACUCUGUCCCCUCAGCAGCUCCGUGAGUGGUACACUUCACGCCAGCGGGGUGGGGGUUUUGGUCCGUGCACCUACGUCCUGCGCACCGGCGACCGUGCGGGUGAGCAGUGUGGGGGUCCGCACCCCACCCAGCGCUGCUUUGGCCGCCUGACGGACGCGUGGCGUCACCAGUUCCCGGAGGCCUCAGAGAUUCCUCGCUGGGGCGAGCUGUCUAGGGCGGGUGUUGCCAUCUUUGAUCUUGACUUUGAUGCUAUUCUCUCUGCCAUGUAUGCUGUGUCUCAUAGUGAUGAGGGUGACUGCUACCGCUGUUUCCCGCCCGAUCCGGGCAUUGAGGCUGCUGCCCUAGGUGCUUGCGACGCUGCUGCUCUAGGUGCUAGUGUGUCUGCGUCUUCAGGUACUGGUGAGUCUGCGCUCUCAGGUACUACAUCGGCUUUGGCCUCCCUCACCUUCACCCUUGACUCUGGGGCGUCUCGCUCCUUCUUUCGGGACCGCACCACACUCACGCCGCUUAGUCGCCCGGUUGCGGUGUCUCUGGCUGACCCCUCCGGGGGUCGUGUACUGUCUCGCUUCUCCACAGUCCUCCCGUGGCCGGCGGCUCCCUCUGGCACCCUGUCUGGUCUGUACCUCCCCUCGUUCUCGACGAACCUGGUGAGUGGUGCUGACCUACAGGAUUGGGGAGUACACCAGUUCACUCCUGCGCAUCAGCGGGUGACGCACUGUACAGAGGCUAGCACAGGCCGACACCUGGCUACGUUUACCCGUCAGCCGGGGUCGAGCCUGUACACACUGACCACUGCGUCUGGUAGAGUCGCUUCGUCCGGUCAGGUGUUUGCUGCAGCGUCUAGGUCUGGUCCUGAGUCUGCCCCCUGUUCGUGUCGUCUCUUGUCUCAUGAGACUCUCCUCUGGCACCACCGUCUUGGUCACCCCUCUCUGCUUCGGCUCAGAGGCAUGGCCUCCCGUCUUCUUGUGUCUGGUCUCCCCCGGUCCCUCCCUCCCCUUCCUCAGGGCUCUGGCCCGACUUGUGUCACCUGUGUCGAGGGGCGCCAGCGGGCUGCCCCUCACUCCUCCCAGUUUCCUCCGACAGAGGCCCCGUUGCAGACGCUUCACAUGGACGUGUGGGGCCCAGCCCGCGUCCGUGGACAGGGUCACGAGCACUACUUCCUGCUCGUUGUUGACGACUACUCGCGUUACACCACGGUCUUCCCCUUGCGCAGCAAGGGUGAUGUCACUGAGGUGCUGAUCGACUGGAUCCGCGCGGCUCGUCUCCAGCUCAGGCGGAGCUUUGGCUCGGAGUUCCCUGUUCUGCGUCUGCACUCGGACAGAGGCGGAGAGUUUUCCUCUGGCCUACUGCGAGCCUACUGUCGCGCACGAGGCAUCCGUCAGACCUUCACGCUUCCGGACUCACCGCAGCAAAAUGGGAUUGCUGAGCGCCGCAUUGGCAUGGUCAUGGACGUCGCUCGUACGUCUAUGAUGCAUGCGGCUGCCCCCCAUUUUCUGUGGCCGUUUGCGGUCAGGUACGCGGCGCAUCAGAUCAACCUCCACCCCAGGGUCUCCAGGCCGGAGACCUCCCCAGCCUUACUGUGGACGGGGAAGGUUGGCGAUGCGUCGGCGUUCCGGGUCUGGGGUUCUCGGGCGUUUGUCCGCGACUUGUCUGCGGACAAGCUGUCCCCUCAUGCUGCUCCUUGCGUCUUCCUGGGGUUCCCCCCUGACGCACCUGGGUGGCAGUUCUACCACCCCACCUCUCGACGUGUUCUGUCCUCCCAGGACGUCACGUUUGACGAGUCGGUCCCCUACUACCGCCUCUUCCCCUACCGCACUCCGUCCCUCCCCCCACCCCCGCUCUUCCUUCUACCAGUCGAGCGUGUCGAGGUCACUGGUGACUCUGGUGCUGCUGGGGGUGCUGAGCCUGGGGGUGCUGGACCUGGGGGUGCGGAGUCUGGGGGUGCUGAGCCUGGGGGUACUGAGCCUGGGGGUGCUGAGCCUGGGGGUGCUGAGCUUGGGGGUGCUACGCCUGGGGGUGCUGAGCCUGGAGGUGCUACGCCUGGGGGUGCUGAGCCUGGAGGUGCUACGCCUGGGGGUGCUGAGAGUGGAGGUGCUCCGCCUGGAGGUUCUCCGGGUGCUUCUUCUCGCUGGGAGCCACUCUCUCCUCAGGAGCUGCGCGAGUGGUUUGCCCGGCGCUGGCGCCGUACUGCUGGUGCUGGAGGUUCUUGGGCUGCUGAGGGUGCUGCGGUCGCGGUUCCCGGAGGUGCUCGUACUGGGAGUAUUGGAGCUGCUGGGCCUACGGGUUCGACUGGAGCUGGUGCUGCUGAGGGAGUUGGCGCUGAGACUACCGCUUGCGGUCCUACUGGGGGUGCUCCUGGUGCUGCUAGAGGUGCUGCUGGAGCGGGUGCUCCUACUGAGGGUACUGGUGCUGUCCGUACUGCUUCUGGCGUCGUCACGCGGCCUGGACCAUACUUUGUUCCACUCCUGCAGCAGGUUCUUGGUCUUCCUCCUUCUACUGGUCCUCCUCCUCCCUUAGAGUGUCCACAGCCUGUCCCGUCACAGUCACAACUACAGCCUGCCUCCCGUCUGCCUCCUCCUUCUCCCUACGCUGGUCCUACUGGAGGUCUUACUAAGCGUCGUGAGCCUGCGUCUCGUCCUGCGUCGCCUCUUAGAGCUGCUCGCGCUAAUGGUCGCGGUUUGCGCCAGCGUCCUCCUCCUGUCCCUGGCACGCACCGGAUGUCUCUGCGUCCGUCUACUGCUCCUCUGCGUGCCCUUUUGCCUUCCCCUCCUGAGUCCUCUCUUCCUGCACUUGCCGACCCUGAGUCGGACUCUCUUCGUGCUGCCAGUCCUACUGUCACGUGUCUCCUUGCUACUAUUGACACUGACCCUUCUUUCGAGUCUACUGCUGCGUCUGCUCUCAUUACUGAGCUCGUCGACUUUGCUGCUCUCUGUCGCUUAGACUACGCUGCUAAUCUUGUCGCUGAGUCUCAGUCUGUCUGUCCUCCGUCCGUCGGGGGUGAGUGUGCCCUUGGCACGGACGUCCUUGAAGACAGGCAGGAGGAGUUCCUGUUUCUGGCAGCUGCUUCACCUCAUCUCGUGUCCGUACUUCUUACCCCUGAGGGAGACCCGGAUGCACUUGACAUCUCGACUUCGCGCUCUUACGCGGAGGCGAGAGAGGGUCCCUACUCCUCUCAGUGGCAGGCAGCUAUGGAUGCAGAGAUGGCUUCCUGGAAGUCCACAGGCACCUACGUUGACGCUGUCCCCCCUCCUGGGGCGAACAUCGUCAGUGGCAUGUGGAUCUUCAGGGUGAAGCGGCCGCCGGGUUCUCCGCCUGUCUUCAAGGCACGUUACGUGGCUCGUGGCUUCACUCAGCGGCAGGGAGUUGACUUCUUUCAGACCUUCUCCCCCACCCCGAAGAUGACCACUCUUCGGGUACUACUGCACAUUGCUGCUCACCGUGACUACGAGCUCCACUCUCUCGACUUCAGCACAGCUUUCUUGCAGGGCAGCCUGCACGAGGAGAUCUCGCUGCGCCGCCCACCUGGCUUCACUGGGUCUUUCCCUCCUGGUACCCAGUGGAGUCUCCGGCGUCCAGUCUAUGGUCUCCGCCAGGCGCCACGUGAGUGGCACGACACACUGAGGACUACGCUUGCGGCUCUUGGGUUUGCUCCUUCUACUGCCGACCCGUCGCUGUUUCUGCGCACCGACACCUCUCUGCCGCCGUUCUACAUCCUCGUGUACGUCGACGACUUGGUCUUUGCCACAGCUGACACUGCUGGACUCGCCUACGUGAAGUCCGAGCUGCAGAAGCGACACACGUGCACAGACCUGGGUGAACUGCGCAGCUACCCUGGCUUGCAGAUCACCCGGGACAGAGCACGCCGCACCAUUACCCUGACUCAGUCACACAUGGUGCAGCAGGUCCUUCAGCGCUUCGGCUUCACGUACUCCUCGCCUCAGGCCACUCCUCUCCCUACUCGCCACUCACUCUCAGCUCUGCCUUCGGAUGAGUCCGUAGAGUCGAGUGGCCCGUAUCCAGAGCUUGUUGGCUGCCUCAUGUACCUGAUGACCUGCACACGACCUGACCUUGCAUACCCUCUUAGCAUUCUUGCACGCUAUGUUGCUCUUGGGAGACACCGACCAGAGCACAUGGUUGCAGCGAAGAGGGUGUUGCGCUACUUGUGUAGUACGUCGCGCAAGGGGCUAGUGCUUGGAGGGCGGAGUCCAGUGGUCCUCACUGGGCACGCAGACGCUUCUAGGGCUGACGACCAGGCUACACAGCGGUCGUCACAGGGUUACACCUUCAGUCUUGCUUCCGGCUCUGUUUCGUGGCGGGCUACCCGCUCGUCUUCUGUUCUCGGCUCCAGUUGUGAGGCUGAGAUCUACGCCGGGGCUAUGGCUGCUCAGGAGCUUCGCUGGCUCACCUACCUGCUGACCGACCUUGGAGAGCCGCCUCGUUCUCCUCCAGUCCUGUACGUAGACAACAAGGCCAUGCUGGCCUUGUGUGGAGAGCAGCGACUGGAGCACAGGACAAAGCACAUUGCUCUCCGUUACUUUCUUGCUCGUGAGCUACAGCAGCGUGGACAGUUGCGGCUUGCGUACGUGGCCUCUGAGGCCAACACUGUUGAUGUUUUCACCGAGGCACUUGCGCCUUGUGAUCAUCAGCGCUUCUGCACUCAGCUGGGUCUUGUGCCUGUCUUGCCUCACUUGCUCACUUCUUGA